AUGUCUGGCCAAUUUAUCGCUUCUCAAGACGGCACGCGUAUCUGGGCUGAGGCUGCAGGCACCCCAGGAAAACCACCCGUCGUGUUCGUUCAUGGGUUCCUCACCUCGGGCUUGAACUGGGCUCGCCAGUUCGGGGAUAAGAGGUUGUUGGAGAGUUUGUACAUGAUUAGAUAUGAGAUUCGUGGGCACGGUCGUAGUGACCAGCCGGAAUCAGAAGAUGCCUACGGCUCUGCAAGACACGCAGAGGACUUUCAGGCCUCUUCCGAACCCAGGUCGCUUGGUGGUAUCAUCAUACCCGACCUCUUAUCUCGUUUCGGGACAUCCCCGCUCCCUGUAGCUGGGCAUAUCAUGCUCAACGCGAUCCCAUGGCGCUCCAUGCUACCGGAGAUCCUCACACCCUAUUCUACUACCAUCCUCCUCCCGCUCUCCUCCCCCGACCUGCCUGAUUUCCAGAAAGCAUUAGAAGGGCUCAUCAGUGGGUUUUUCUCCCCGGGAUAUUUGGCACAAGUGUCUUUUGAGGAAAAGUGUGCUUGGGUAGGGAGUGCGGCGAGUAUGAAUGCUGCGGCGAGGACGUUCUCGAUCUCUCGUACGCAGGAUGAGAAGGCUUUGCGCUCUGUGUCGAGGGAUUUGCCGAUUCUAUGUAUUCAGGCCAUGGGGGACACGUUGAUGGAAUCGGAUAAACAUGAGGAGUUUAUGAAGAGGCAUUUUGGUGACAAUUUGGAAUAUCGACGGGUUCCGGGAGGAGGCCAUGCGCCGUUCUAUGAGUACCCGGAAAUCGUGAACCCGAUGAUUAUUGAGUUUGUUCGGCGUGUCACUAUAAUACAGAGCCGAUUAUGA